UGCUAUCCAUCCGUUCUGCUGCCCUUUGCUUCAGCUCAGUGCACACACACACACACACACCGGGGGCGGAAAAAACACACAACUGCUAACGUCACGCGCUUCAUCGCAACGCACCGGACAUUGCUUUUCUGCUGCUGCCGUCGCCGCCGCCGCCCCCCGGGGAAGAUAGUGUUUGCCAGCGGUUCCGGCAGUUCCGGCCGAAGUUCUAGCCUGUGUGUGUGUGUGUGUGUGUGUGAAAGUGACGAGAACGCAGGUCGGCGAAUAACCUCCAACAAGCAGGGCGCGCCCACCCACCCGUACAGCAAUAUCAAUUACAAACGAGCCGCCCUCCCGAGGAUGGGUGGUGAAGAGGGCGAAUCAUUCUCGGUGGCGGGCACGAGCGCUUCCGGCGGUACGCUGUCCAUCUCGGUGCCGGGCGGUGGCAGCAGCAGUACUGCCGGUGGUGGCGGCGGUGCCCGUACGACCUGUCGAAAGGAUGUGACCGUCAAGUUCCAUCUCAUGAAAGCACAAGUGGUUGCCCACGCCUACCCGCGCCAGCACACGCUGGAGGAGGUGAAGGAGCACAUUGCGUGCAAGUUUCAGGUGAAAUCGAAAUUCCUGGUGCUGCGCCAGGCGGGCGCGGAGCUGCCCGGCCACCGGCGGCUGGAGGAGCUGUGCGUCAGCGAGUACAACGUGUGCGAUCUGGAGCUGCUGCUGUCCGAGCCCGCCCGGGACGAGAAUGUGCAGCUCAACCUGAAGCUGUACUACCGCAAUCUUACCCUGCCCGACAUCAUAACGGUGCGCAUUGCCGGCGAAGACGGCAAACCGAGCCGCGACGUAGUGGUGGAAAUUGAGAACCAAGUCAUCACCAAACCCUUCGUCGGGGGCUACAUCAACAAGCAAAACAACGUUGAGUACCAUCACGCCUUCACGCAGACGGGCCCACCGGCGGAUCGGUUAGCUCGACCCGGGACCAAAUUUAGCCGCGACACGCAAACCGUAUGCGAACGGACGACCACCACCACCAUCCCGCGCUGCCAGGCCGUGCAGCAUUCGGGGCUGGCGGUGGCCGAACGCAAAGUACCCGACGGACCGUGCCGCCAGCCGCUGCCGUACGAAACGGCGCAGGAGCUCGAGCGGCGCAAAGACGUCGCCGGCAAGGUGCUGCUGAUACAGCGCAACUUCCGGCGUGUGCUGUGGCAGCGUCUCGUUAAAAAGAGUGCCGCCGAAUGGAGAGCGUUGCAGCAGCGGCAGCAGGCAAAUGAAGCCGGUGCACAGGAAUCAAAAACCCUCGCGCACAACAAAACGGCCGUCGCUCGGGCGUAUCCCAAAACGAACGAGGAGUUCGAUGCACUGUUCGCUCAGAUUCACUGCUGGAAAGAGAACGAGAUGAAGCUGAUCCGCGAAAAGUACUCCGGGGCGCCCAAAAUAGCCGAGAUGAACAUACUGCUCGACAAGGAAAUUCAGCUGCUGAACGGCGUCGAGCGGCAGCGGCGCGCCAUCCGCCGGGAGCAGCUGGAGGAGGUCGUCGAGCGGCAGCUGGUGAAAAUCAGUGAACCGAAGCGUUGGGUCGGCUACAACAAUCGCGUUAUCGAGAUGGAAACACCGCAAACGCAACGGGCCCGCUUUCUGCUGGUGUACUAUCGCCGGUUAAAAAUGGCACUACCGCCAAGUGCCGGUGGCGAUCCGCAAGAGCACAUGGCACUGCUGGACGAACUGGCCGAUGUAAUUGUGCAGGAGAACCAUCCCGCUACGGAAGAGCUGGAAAACUUGCUGCAACGGGAACGCAAACUGCUACUCUGUCAUCUGCGCACGGAAGAUUUGUCGAUUCUGCGGAAGCGGCAGCUAACCCUAUUGGCCGAUAUUAUACGCACCGAUCCGGAAAAGGCACGCGAAAGGCCGGUUACGAAACUGUGCCGCAAAUGCAAAAAACUUCGCCCGGCAAAUGCAUUCACCGUGCACACACGCCAACGAUCGGCUGACGUUUGCGGCCAGUGCACGUCACUGCUCGGAUCGACCGUUGAUAUUGCCGUCUAUCGCUCGAUCCUGCGUGCGAUACGGCGCGACGAGCGGAAGCGCGGCUCGCUCGCGUCCUACGCGUUCAUCAUUCAGGAGAACGACAUCAAGCACAUAGUGGAAAACAUUUGGCACGGCCAUUCGGUCAUCUCGAACGAUACGGAUCGGGCCGACCUGAUGCUGCCGCGCUGGAAUGUCGCCCAGGACUGGUCGCCGUGGAACUGCAUCUGCCUGACCGAGCAGGAAACGCGGGCCCACCUGAAGCUGCAGCGGCUGGACCGCUUCUAUCAGCCGAGCGUGCUGAAGGAAAUACAAAGCAAGCACGCACUGGCCCGGUCCGUGUUCGGGCAGCUGCGCGAGAUCGACCAGGAGUUUACCGAAUCCGGCGACUGGUGGCAGGUCGGGCUGGACGAGAAGCUGGUGUAAAAACGCCCCGUGAGCCGGGGUUUGCACGCACACACACUACGUUUUAGGGGUAAUAUUUUAUUCUCUUCAUUCUUAACGACAUAACCGAGAGCAGCCCCGCGCCGGCCGGUCACUAGCUGCGAGGCGAGGAACCUCCAAAAGAUGUAGCGCAGCGCGAGCGCCGCCUACUGUUUGCUGGUAACGAUGGAUUUGAACUUUUUCUGCAAAUAUUCCACGCGCUUCAGCAGCUUGUCGCUGGUGCUAAACUCGUUGUACGGUAUCGACAGUACGGUGUAGCCCUCCUGCUCCAGUAACCGCAUGUUCAGUGCCUGUAUGCCGUUCAGCGCGACGUGCGGUCCCUGACACAUGUCGUGAUAGUCGUGCACUAGCAGCGCAAUCCUGCGAACGAACGGAACCAGAAAGCGAAUAAAUUUAUUUUGAUAGUGUUUUUGGUAAA